UCGAUAGUCGACGACUACAUAAACGCGACGCGCCGGCUCGCCGGCUCAGAGCUACCGUGAAAGUCAAUACACGCUGUCAUACAGUGCCCAUACAAUACACACACGCACGAUGUCGAAAAGAGACGCGUCUGUUCACCUUCUCAGGAAGAUUGUGCUGGAUUUACUUUUAUUGUCUGGGUUGGUUGGAUGCAUAUUCAUAACUAACUUUCUAUGGCAACCAUUCGCUCGCGGUUUCUUCUGCGGCGAUGAGAGUCUCAUGUUUCCUUAUAAGAAAGACACUGUAUCUAGUAGUAUGCUAAGAAUUGUAGGCUUGGGUUUACCUAUGUUAUCGAUGAUCAUCUGCGAAUGGAUUCUAUUAAGGAAAGAACAGGAUGACGUGAUGUGUUUCGGAGUUCGUAUCCCGGCCUGGGUCCGGGGGACGUACUGCGCGCUGGCCUCCUUUGCAUUGGGCGUUUGUUUCGUGGAAUUGACAGCCAAUAUAGCUAAGAACACUAUUGGGAGACCACGGCCUCAUUUCUUUGAUCUGUGCCGGCCAUCAGUGGACUGCAACUCACCAGAGUGGCAGAACCGGUACAUCCAGGCGCACGAGUACCACUGCACCGGCAACCAGACGGAACUCUUCAAAGAUAUGAGGAUGUCGUUCCUGAGUGGUCACUCUUCGUGGGCCGCUUACAGUAUGAUUUAUUUGGCGCUUUACUUAGAAAACCGCAUGGUCUGGCGUGGGACUCGGGUGCUCCGCCACACGCUUCAGUUCGCGGCAGUCAUGCUCAGCUGGUUCACGGCGCUGUCCAGGGUGUCUGACUACAAGCACCACUGGAGCGACGUGCUGGCUGGCUACUUCAUGGGCCUGGCUGGUGCUAUUAUUAUGUGGACCUGGGGCACCGAUCUAGUGCAGAAGACGAAGAAACAUAAAUCACUGCCUCAACAUGACGUCACACUUACUAUACAGAAUCACGAUACUCCAUCGUAUUAAGUAAUAAACAAUAUAUUAAGACACAUUUUAAAACUUAAGGGUUAUAUUUUAAUUAGGAACUUCAUUUCUCAAUAAAUAUAUUUAUAUUGCCCAGAAAUCACUCAAGAGUACGGAUUUUAUAAAUACAUAGAAUAAGUAAUAAGAUAAGAGAACGUUUCUUUUUAAAACAUAUUACUUUUGUUUUUAAAAAUACAUAAAUAAAAUAAAAGGUCGACAGCACAUUUGCAAUUCUUCCGGUGUUGGACGGUGGUAGUCACUUACUAUCAAGUGAGCAGUAUGCACGUUUACCUAAGCCCCCUGUGUAAUAAAAAAAAUCUAAUUUGAUAAUAUCUAUACUAAGCUGAAACCCAGUGACAGUGUACAUUAAACUGGAUAACUUGCCUCAAGAAGCAAUUAAAAUAAAAAUUAAUGGUUAAACUUUUGUACUAAAUAGACCACGUCGAUGCGCAGUUUGUAAGAAAAAUUCAAAACUGAACAAUUAAUUAAAAUUAUUUAGUUUAAUUCCAAUUUCAUCAUCAUCAUCAUUUCAGCCAUUGUCCGUCCACUGCUGGACAUAAGCCUCCCUCAUAGACUGCGAUAAAGAACGGUCCUGAGCCACCUGCAUUCAUUGACUCUCUGCAAUGCAUAUGAGGUCGUCACUCUAUCUAGUGGAGGGAUCGUCCUAUACUGCCUUUACCCGUACGCGGUCGCCACUCAAGAACCUUUCUUCCCCAUCGGUUGUCGGUUCUUCAAGCUAUGUGACCAGCCCAUUGCCACUUCAGCUUGCUCAUCCUUCGGGCUAUGUCGAUUAUUUUGGUUCUUUUGCAGAUAUCGUCGUUUUGGAUUCUAUCACGAUUCCAAUAUCAUACAUCAAUAUUUGAAAAAUGACUGCUGUAAUAUACUAUAAUAAACUUACUUAAAUAUUAGCAUACUAAUAGUAUAUACAGAAAUAAACAAAAUAAUUUAGUAAAAAAAAUUCAACAAUCAUUUUUAGUUUACUCUGCUACUUCCAUUGGUGGGCUCCAGCUUGGUACAAUUACGAAUAAUUCCAUAUUUAUUUAAAUAAAAAUAAUAAUUAAAUAUGUAAUAAGCGUGUGGUCCCCGAAUAGAAAAGAUCACCACUUUAUUUCCCGUGCGUGCCGUAAGAAGAGACUAAGGGAAUUUAGUAGUCGAGGGAUAGGCAACAGCAUUACUUUUGAAACAUCACCAAAGCCUAACUGCGAUCACCAACUCACCUGACAAGCGUAGCAACUACUGGCAAAACCCCUCCAAAAAGGAAGCCUUUGCUCAGCAAUGGACAUGGAAUGAUGAUUAUGAAUACAAUAAUAAUAUAUUUUAUUUAUUUUUUUAUUAUUAUUUUAUUUAAAUGAUAAUAUUUUACAUUAAUUAUACUAGUCGCUACGAACAUGUUGUAUCAAUAUGUUAUUAGAUAUAAGGAUAUAUUUCUUAAACGCCUACUAUUUUCAUAUGAGCAAAUUUGUUUUACUGCAUUUUCGUAUUGUAUUAUGAACUGUAGAUAAAGUUAAUUGAAAAAAGAAAUAAAGAAUUAAAAAGUAUGUUAAA